CUAUUAAGUAGUUAAUGGUACCCACCCCUACCGAAUACCACCGAUGCGAAUCUGCUCAAAAAUCUCAAGUCAUUCGUUGAUUCGUAUGUUCGAUUGAAAUUUAGGCGGCUGAAAUCAUUGCGAAAAUAUGGAUGAGAUGAGUGUUAUUCUACCCGAUAAGGAUGCUGGAGAGAUGGAUUGUAAGCCUGUAAUUGGACAUUAUACUGGUGCUGGAGAUGAAUUGGACGUUGAAGAUUUGUACACGAAGUACAAGAAACUGCAGAGAAUGUUGGAAUUUCUUGAAGUUCAAGAAGAGUACAUCAAGGAUGAGCAGCGUAAUCUGAAGAAGGAGUAUCUCCAUGCUCAAGAAGAAGUAAAACGCAUACAGAGCGUGCCUUUAGUUAUCGGCCAGUUCUUGGAAGCUGUAGAUCAAAACACUGGUAUAGUAGGCUCUACCACGGGUUCUAACUAUUAUGUACGCAUUUUGUCUACCAUUGAUAGAGAGUUGUUGAAGCCUUCAGCUAGCGUGGCGCUUCAUAAGCAUAGCAAUGCUUUGGUAGAUGUGUUGCCACCGGAAGCUGACUCAAGUAUCUCUAUGUUGCAAGCAGAUGAAAAGCCUGAUAUUCAGUAUAGCGAUAUUGGAGGUAUGGAUAUGCAGAAGCAAGAAAUCAGAGAAGCGGUAGAACUGCCUCUUACUCACUUCGAGUUGUAUAAACAGAUUGGAAUUGAUCCACCCAGGGGUGUACUAAUGUAUGGUCCACCUGGGUGUGGUAAGACUAUGCUUGCAAAGGCAGUAGCUAGACAUACUACAGCUGCGUUCAUUCGUGUAGUAGGCUCUGAAUUUGUACAGAAAUACUUGGGUGAAGGACCCAGAAUGGUCAGAGAUGUUUUCCGUUUAGCUAAGGAAAAUUCACCUGCUAUCAUUUUUGUUGAUGAAAUCGAUGCUAUAGCUACGAAGAGAUUUGAUGCUCAGACGGGUGCCGAUCGCGAGGUACAGCGUAUCUUAUUGGAGUUGCUCAAUCAAAUGGAUGGAUUCGAUCAGACAACUAACGUUAAAGUUAUAAUGGCCACGAAUAGAGCUGAUACGUUGGACCCCGCAUUGUUACGUCCUGGCAGAUUAGAUCGGAAGAUCGAAUUUCCUUUGCCUGAUCGUCGACAAAAACGUCUGAUUUUCUCGACGAUCACUACGAAAAUGAAUUUAAGCGAAGAAGUGGAUCUCGAAGAUUACGUGGCGCGGCCAGAUAGAAUUUCUGGCGCUGAUAUAAACGCGAUCUGUCAGGAAGCAGGAAUGCACGCUGUUCGCGAGAAUCGUUACAUAGUGUUAGCGAAAGAUUUCGAAAAGGGUUACAAGAACAAUAUUAAAAAAGACGAAUCCGAGCACGAAUUUUACAAGUAAAAGGGAGAAAGCGUAUUCCUAUAUGUCGUUUACAUGUUAUGGCUUCAUAUAUAUUUGCAAAUUCAUGUAUUACUAUGAAUCUAAUAAUCAAUACACGUUUACACAUUU